ACGUAUCCGAGGCCUGGAGGGUGACAUAGAGGUGUGGAAGCUGGAGUACAUUUCCCUGAUACAGUCCAGUAUACGGUUCACGGGCUCUGACACUAUGGAUGAUGCAGAGUUGUCGCUCUUUGGUGGAGACAGGCAUAAAAUCCGCAUCAUGUCACUCCUGGAAGAGGCCCGCCGCAUCAACCCUUCAUUACCCACCUACGAGCACCUGGCCUCUGGAGAGGUUCACGUGGACUGCUACGGGUUCAAACACCAGUUCGUCGACGACGGGCUGCUGCUACACUACCUGUGCCAGGAGCUGAGUCAGCACUUUCUGUCACAGGCCAGCUCUCACGAGAAGCACCAGAAGAACUGGAUGAUUUACCUCAAGAACCACGCCAAGGGGGUGGCUGUUAAUGACCCUGGUGGCGGUGACUGAGAGGUACCACUCGCCGUCCUACUUUGACCACAACCUGCUGGGGGCUCAGGCUGACCAGAGCGUACUCCAUGACCUCAUGGCCGAGAAGCUGCCUGUGCUGACUACACACUUGGACGCCAUUGACAUCGAGAUCUCUACUGUCACCCUCAACUGGUUCCUGGCUUUGUUCUUUGAUGCGGUGCCUUUCCAGACGCUGCUCCGUAUCUGGGACGUCUUCCUGCUGGAGGGUCCCAAGGUCCUGUUCCGCUUCUCCCUGGCCGUCCUUCACCUUCACAGCAAGGAGAUCGUGCAGAAGGCGGACACCAUCAGCGUCAUGAGGCAUCUCAAGGCCUGUGCCAGGAUCUCUUACGACGCGGACGGGCUCGUGCACGUUGCAUUCCGCACGCUGAAGCCGUUUCCCCGUCGCCAUGACAUCGUGAGUAAACAAACCUUCUAUCUGAAUGCGCUCAAGGAGAAGUACAGAUGGCGGGACCUACAGAGGCUGGCGCUACAGGAGAGGGAGAACGCUUUCCAGAGCCUGGACGGAGACCCAGAGAGCCCGCGAGGUUUUGAGUGCUGCGCCGUGACCCGCCCCGGUGAGGCGUGGGUGGUGUACGGUUCCCCACCGCUAUCCCGGAUCUGUAUCGUGGACUGUCACGAGCAAACGAUGACAGACACAGAGAUUGUGUUCGAGACCCGGGUGUUGUCUAUCGCCGCUGUACCUGGGGAGAUGGUUCUGUUGGGUACCCUGGACUGGUGUGUCUAUGCUUACAGUCAGAACAACAGGUAA